AUCUGUUAUGAGAACCGCUGGCUUCUAACGAAGCGUCUGCUUAGUUAACAGUUUAUUUAAACGAUGGGGUAUAAUUUUUGUUUUAUGUUACGUUGAGAGAAACGUAAAUCUCAUUCAAUAAAUGCAACUGUUAUGAAGUGCACGAGGAGUGAAUCGAUCGUUCGUCAUGACUGAAGACUGACGAACGACGCUUUUGGAGCUCCUCGUAAUGUUCACAAUUUAAAGAUUCCCCAUCAAAAGUGUUAGGAUGACUAUCAUCAGUUUAAUAAUUAUCUUGACUGCGUGCUUUUUCAGACUUGUACUAUUUUCUAACGGUUCACCGACGCUUCUCUUUGUUACACAAAAAGAUAUUAGAAUUGCUAAUGCCUCCCGUACCAACAAAGUAACAACUAUUAUAAAAGAUCUGUCAGAAGGUGCAGCUUUAGACUUUUAUUUUGAACAAGAAUUAGUGUGUUGGUCUGAUAGUGGCCUAGAAAUAAUUCAAUGUAUCCAUACGAAUGGCACGCACACUGGUGAAAAAACAGUCAUAGUAAAUUCCAGUUUGAUUUCCCCUGAUGGUUUAGCUUGUGACUGGUACACAGGAAAAUUAUAUUGGACAGAUGGAGAAAAAAAUAGAAUAGAAGUGACAAGCAUUGAUGGACGUCACAGAAAAGUUCUUUUUUGGACGGAUAUUUAUCAGCCAAGAGCUAUUGCUCUUGUACCAAUGAAGAGUAUUCUGUUUUGGACUGAUUGGGGCGAUGUACCCAAAAUAGAAAGGGCUGCAAUGAAUGGAGAUCCAACAUCGAGACAAGUGAUCAUCUCGGAUGAUAUAUUUUGGCCAAAUGGUUUGACGGUAGAUUACGGCAAUGAGUUGGUUUAUUGGGUAGAUGGAAGACUCAAAUUUAUCGCAGUAAUGGAUUAUUAUGGAAAGAAUAGACGAAAAGUAGUGGAACAAGGAUUAGAUUAUCCCUUUGCAGUAACAUUUUUUGAUAAUAGAUUAUAUUGGACUGAUUGGAAAACAUGGUGCAUACAUUCGUACGAUGUACGUCAGCAUCAAGCACAUCCUAGAGAAUUACUGCAUGGAGAAUAUAUUCCUGGUGAUAUAGAAGUGUGGGAUGUUAGAAGACAACCACGUGGAAGUCAUCCUUGUGAAAAAAAUAAUGGAAAUUGUUCUCACUUGUGUCUUUUGAGUUUGACAGAACCUGGAUAUACAUGUGCGUGUCCUACCGGUGUUAAGUUAGUGGAUAAUUUAACUUGUGCUGAAGGUCCAGAAGAAUUGUUGUUAAUUGUUCAAAGAAAUGAAAUUUGUCGAAUAUCUUUGGAUUCUCCUGAUUAUACAAACUUUGUACUGCCACUAAUAGGAAUUAAACAUGCGAUAGCAAUUGACUUUGAUCCUGUACAAGAAAUGCUUUACUGGACUGACGAAGAAGCUUGCGCAAUUCGAAGAGCUUUUCUCAAUGGCUCUAAUCAAGAAAACAUUAUAACAACCGAAGUGGAAAAUCCUGAUGGAAUAGCUGUCGAUUGGUUAGCUCAGAAUCUCUACUGGACCGACACAGGAACAGAUAGGAUCGAGGUAGCGCGAUUAAAUGGUACGAGUAGGAAAGUGUUGAUAAACGAAGACUUAAUCGAGCCCAGAGCGAUAGCGCUCGCUCCGGAACUUGGUUGGAUGUUUUGGACCGAUUGGAAUGAAAAACGGCCGAAAAUAGAACGGAGUAACCUUGAUGGAACAGAACGCAUUCUUUUAGUAACUAAGGAUAUUGUUUGGCCAAAUGGAAUUGCUUUAGAUCUCGCGAGAUGGAAAAUUUAUUGGUGCGAUGCAAAAACGGAUAAGAUUGAAGUCUGUAACAUGGAUGGCACAGAUAGAAGAGAAGUAAUUACAGACAAUCUUCCGCAUCUUUUUGGCUUAAGCUUAUUAGGAGAUUAUUUGUACUGGACUGACUGGCAGAGACGUAGCGUAGAUAGAGCGCACAAGCUUACAGGUGGUGAGAGGGAAGUGAUAGUCGAUCAAGUUCCAAAUGUUAUGGGAUUAAAAGCAGUCCAUUUAGGAAAGGUUAAUGGCACAAAUCCUUGUGCAAAAAAUAAUGGGGGAUGUAGUCAUUUAUGUUUAAAUCGACCAGAGAACAAAUACGUUUGUGCUUGCCAGAUUGGAUACGAAUUAACCAAAGAUAAAAAGACUUGUAUUGUCCCAGAUGCAUUCAUGCUAUUUGCAAAAAAGGAGAAUAUUGGAAGAAUUAGUAUUGAAAAUGCAAAUAACGAUAACAUUAUUCCAUUGACUGGUGUUAAAGAUGCAAGCGCCUUGGACUUUAACAUAGCAGACAAUCGUAUUUAUUGGACAGAUGUUAAGUUAAAAACAAUUACAAGAGCUUUUAUAAAUGGCUCCGAUAUGGAAAGAGUCGUUGAUCUUGGUUUAGAAACACCCGAGGGUUUAGCAAUAGACUGGAUUGCUCAUAAUUUGUACUGGAGUGAUACAGGAACUCGGAGAAUAGAGAUGGUUCGAUUAGAAGGCUGCAGUAGAAAAGUUCUUGUUUGGAAUAACAUUAUUGAACCUAGAUGCUUGGCCCUUGAUCCUAGUAGAGGCCAUAUGUAUUGGAUAGAGUGGGGGAAUUCUGGCAGCAUAGAAAGAUCAUUCUUGGAUGGUACGAAUCGCGAGGUAAUACUUUCUAAUAUUGGAAGAGCAAGUGGUUUAACAAUUGAUCACUCUGCACGGAAAUUGUACUGGGCGGAUUUAUAUACUCCAGCUAUUGAUAGCUUUGAUCUAUAUUCAAAGAAAAGAGAUGCAAUCGUAACGCAAAAUAUUGGAUACCCGUUUAGCAUUACUCAAUAUCAAGACUACAUUUACUGGACGGAUUGGAAUACGGGUGACAUAGAGAAAGCUAAUAAAACUACUGGAGCAAACAGAGUGAAAAUACAUAAUAAAUUAGAAUCUGUGACAGAUUUGUUAGUGUUCCAUGCUUCUAAACAAGCAGGAUGGAAUCCCUGUGCAUUAAAAAAUGGAAAUUGCAGUCAUCUUUGCAUCGCUUUACCUGGAGAAAAUGAAAGUGUAUCUACUACUUUCAAAUGUGAAUGUCCUACUCAUUACAAUCUGCGAGAAGAUAACAAGUCAUGCAUUGCACCAAAAAUCUUUAUGAUGUACAGUUUACGCAAUGCAAUUUUUCGCUUCCUUCCCGACACCAGUGAUUGUUCAGAUGUAGUUCUUCGAAUUCAAGGUCUCAAAAAUGUACGGUCUAUAGAAUUUGAUCCUAUAACUCAACAUAUUUAUUGGAUAGAUGGUCGAACUUUGUCUAUACGGAAAACUCUGGAAAAUAAAACGCAUUCUAGCAUAAUGGUUUCUGGAAGUUCUGGACAUCCCGUGGAUUUGGCUUUAGACCCCUUAGGAAGAUUGCUAUUCUGGUCUUGUGCUAUAAAUGAUGCAAUUAAUGUUACAAAACUUGACAAUGGCUCUGCUUUGGGUAUCGUAGUCAAAGGUGAUGGAGAGAAACCGAGAAAUAUUGCGAUACAUUCUGAGAAGAGACUUCUUUUCUGGACAGACAUUGGAAGAAAAAUGAGAGUGAUGCGUAGUAAAAUGGACGGAGAAGAAAGAGUUGUGAUCGCAACUGAUCUCGAACAAUUAACCAGCAUCACAGUUGAUGCAGUUACAAAUAUCGUAUACUGGGCACAUGGAAAUCGGAUCGAGUAUGCGGACUUUGAUGGAAAUAAUAGAAAAAUUCUAGUUUCUCCUGUCAAACAAGGGUCGACCAUUUAUUUGUCUGUCUUUCUCGAUUUUGUUUAUUGGUUCGAUAAGGAAACGUCGAGUUUAGAGCGUAUUAACAAGUCUGGAAAUGGAAGAAAAGUGAUUAUGAAUAAAAUGCUUACGGAUAUAAUAACAGUAAAUACUCCGCAAAAUGAUCUAAUGAAAACGCACAUUUGCAGUCCCUUUCGGGAUUAUGGAGGAUGUUCUCAUUUUUGUAUCGGAACCACUUCGUCUAAAUGUUCUUGUCCAAAAUCUUUGGUUCUAUCUGAAGAUGAAAAAACUUGUAGAGCUGCGCCAGUCUGUGGAAUGGAUCAUUUUACUUGCGCUGCACCUAGUUCUGCAGUGGCAAAAGAUUGUAUACCAGCAACAUGGAAAUGCGACGGUCAAACAGACUGUUCUGAUGGAAGCGAUGAGUUAGGCUGUCCAGCUUGUAGUAGUGAUCAAUUCAAAUGUCAAAGUGGUCAUUGUAUCGAUAUGUCCUGGGUAUGCGAUGGCACAGCCCAAUGCCACGACGGUUUAGACGAAGCUCAUUGUUGUCGUCCAGGUCAAUUCCAAUGUAUCGGAAACGGAGUUUGCAUUUCUGGCUCAGCUGUAUGCGAUGGCUGGGAAGAUUGCGCCGACGGCAGUGACGAAACUACAUCUGCAUGUACACCUGCAAAUAAUCCACGUCAAGAAAAUAGUUCAGUGGAAUCAGGAAAAAUCACAUACGUCAUUGUUUUGCCUAUUGGAUUAAUUGCAACAAUUGCUGCGGUCGCUUUUGGAUUCUAUUAUUGUAGAAGAAAAUUUAUAAACAACGAGGAAUUACCUGAUAUUUUACACGACUCUGCUGGAGAUCCUUUGUCGCCAAAACCAGUAAGAUUAUCAAAGCCGAUAUUUGCGCAAAAAAAUUGUAGAAAAGAAUUGAAAAUAGGAAUGGAAACUGUGAGGAUGUCAAUGCUAAAUGGGAGUAGUAUCGAAUCCAGUUACGAUCGAAGCCAUAUUACUGGUGCAUCGAGUUCAACUCGGGGUAGCUCUGCAGGAGGUUAUCCCCAAGAAACGUUAAAUCCUCCUCCAAGUCCAGCGACAACAGCAAAUUCUACGAGGUGCUCAAGUAGUAAUGCAUCUAGAUAUAAACCAUAUAGACAUUAUAGGAGCAUUAAUCAGCCUCCACCUCCAACUCCUUGCAGUACAGAUGUUUGCGACGAGUCGGACAGCAAUUACCCAGCAAAGUAUAGAUAUGAAAGUGAGCCUUUUCCCCCACCCCCUACUCCAAGAUCAGUUUAUCAGAGCGAUGCAGGAAUUAGUUGUCCUCCAUCUCCUAGUUCGAGAUCUUCUACAUAUUUUAGUCCUCUUCCUCCACCUCCGUCUCCUGUUCCUUGAAUUUGUUGCAAUGUUUUAAUAUAAUCUGUUUUCCAUAAAAUCAUAUUUUUGCGAGAUUUUUAGGAACUAGCAAAAAUGAGAGAUCUCUCAGACUGUUCAUAUUUCAUUUAGGAAAAGAACGUCAAUUCAUUUUCUUUCCCAACGUUCAGAAUUGCACGGUAAUUUUUUAUAUCACUUGUAAUUGUUCAUACUGCUAAAAAAAAGAAACGUAACACAAAUUUUAUUAAAGUGCAUAUCAGAUAACAUUUUUUUCAUGAUAAUUUUCAAAGUAAUAAUGUAGAAAUCGAAGCAACAAAAAUGAAAAAACGAAACUUUAUUUUGAGAGUGCCUUUUUUACUAUAAUUAAAUCUGCUUUUAAUGUUCUUUAUAUACGACUAAGUUUGUUAUGAUUAUUCCAAUUACUGAAAUUAAUACCAUUGUGCCUAUCAAGUUUAUAUCGUAAUUGUAAGUGAUUUUAUCGUGACACGCUGUAAAUAUUGUAAGAAUGUAUAAAAAUUGUAUAUGAUUUUUAGUCAUUUCGAUGAAAAUUGUUUAAAAAGAGGAUUCCUUUCUGUAUAAGUAUUAUGUUUUUAGUUUUUCAACUAUUAUACUCUUGCUCUAAUUGUACACAUAUAAUAUGCUAUACGAGAAAUUAAUUUUAUAAGUUUCAUACUUACAACCAAAACAUCGAAAUUUGUACUCCAAGUAAAAAUAGUAAACAUAAUACUCUCUUCAAAUAGAUAGAAGAAUUGGAAAUAAUUUCUAAUACGAAUGAAAUUGAAUUAAUAGUAACGAAAAUAUAAUAAUGAUUAAAAUAAAUAGUUUAAGAACAUUUAAAAUAUCUAUUCCUAGAAAGUAUAAUAUUUUUUAAAGUUUUCCAAUAAAAGUAAAAAAAAAAUACAUUUACUUACAUUCUUAUUUAAGCUUUAAAGAGAAUGUAAACAAUUAAUGAAUUGCUAUUUUUUAAAUAUUGUAUAAAUGCGAAACAAGUUAGUUUCUGAAAUUCGUAAUCGAAUUGUGCCAUAAAGUAUUCAACGUUUUAAGAAAUUAAAUACAAAAUUCAGCAUUAUUAUAUGUACAAAAUCUACAAAGCAUUAUGUUUGUGGAAAUGAUUUUUACCUCGCACUGCCAUUACACAAACCUCGAAGAAGUACGUCUAUUAAUUAUUAUUCUCGUUUAGCAUUAAAGACUGAAAUAGUUAUUCUAUAUUUUUUUUAUAUUUGCAAUGCGAUGCGCAUUGCUCUAUGUAUGUAGCAUAAUUGUAUAAAGAAAUAAAACUUUUGUUACAUAUUUUA